GUUACUUUGUGGUGGCACCAGUUUUAAGCAGCAGCUCCUUUUAACACAGUCAACAAGGCGCAAGUGGCACUAACCGAGUGCGUAACCAGCGGACAAUCAAGUGGCGGUGCAAAGGGCCCCUUGCAGAGGCACAUUCUUGACCCGAAUUCUUCGAUCGCCUACUGCGCCCAGCGACCUUCGCAAUGGCUGUGUACUUGAUGCCGAAAAAUCGAUUGUUCCCGAACCCGAACCCCAAACAGUGGACUACACGAUGGACUAUUGUGCAGCGCACGAUCUAUGGUAGCCGACAUCAGCAGCAGCAGCAAAGCACCUCCAGUCAUCAGCACCAGCACCAGCAUCAGCAGACGGCAUCAGGUAAAUCUCGUAGCAAAUUCCGCAGAAAGUGGAGUUGGAAGGCCGGCGCCGGCUGGACUAUAUUAUCGGUUUUGGAUUGGUGGUUACUAGCAGCGGGCGGCUGGCUAACGUGGCGCGGUGUGUUCCUACGCUGGACACCAAUCAGUAUCUGUAUGGUGGUGGCAGCCAAGUGGCACCUUCACAAUCGUGAACUCGAUAAGAAGGGCCUCCCGCGAACGGCCGCCAAAUGGCAGGCAAAAGUGUACUGCUCGCUGCCGUUGCGCGUCAUGAGCCGGGCGUGGGGCUGGAUGGCCGAUCGCAAGGUACCCAAGCCAGCACGGCCCGUCCUGUACGGUCUUUACUCGCACACCUUCGGAGUGAAGAUGGAAGAGGCGGCCACAGCAGAUUACAAAGACUAUCGUAGUUUGGGUGAAUUUUUCACUCGACCGCUCCGGGAAGAUGCGCGCCCUAUCGAUUCCAACACCUGCAUGGUGUCGCCCUGCGAUGGACGAAUACUACACUUCGGGGCGGCCAACUCAAGCCAGAUCGAGCAAGUCAAAGGUGUGUCGUACAGUUUGGAAGCCUUCCUGGGACCGCCGACGUGGUGUAAAAAGGAUGCCCCGGAGAUGGUGGAGAAGGUGAAACGGAAGCCGUCGCCCGACAGUGUGCUGUACCAGUGUGUCAUCUACCUAGCGCCCGGUGAUUAUCAUCGCUUCCACUCGCCGACCGUGUGGAAACCGGAACUUCGGAGGCACUUUGCGGGAGAGCUGCUAUCGGUGAGCCCGAAGAUUGCCGGUUGGAUGCCGGGGCUGUUCUGUUUGAACGAGCGGGCGGUCUACAUCGGCAAGUGGAAGCACGGAUUCUUCAGUUACACGGCCGUCGGGGCGACAAACGUUGGGUCGGUUGAGAUUUUCAUGGACGAAAAGCUGAAAACGAACCAAUGGGUCGGGUUGGCGUGCGGCAGUCACAAGAAGAAGAAAAAGGAGACACCCUACGACGAGCUGGAGCUACCGAAGGAUCAGUUUCUGGGCAAAGGAGAGCUCGUUGGCCAGUUCCGGAUGGGCAGCACGAUUGUGCUUAUUUUUGAGGCACCCAAAGAGUUUAAAUUUAACUUAUUCCCUGGCCAGCGGGUACGCGUUGGCGAGAAGCUCGGAACGUUCGAAGGAACCGAGGACGAGCAGGAGGAGGACCCCGAGGAAGUGAAGCGCAUCAUCGAAUCGUUGUGCGACUCGGAGGUGACGGCAUUGUGAAAGUAUUCUGUGCGACCGUGACCCACCGUUUCCAGUGUGACACACAAACACACUGCCCCAGAGUGUCCCCUGUUAGUUUAAAAGCAUCCUCACCUCCGUCAACACACCGUCGUCGUACCUAGUGACACCGCACCGUUUCGCUCGGUGGGUGUUUGUUCCGCACCAGAUGUUGAUUCUAACCCGUGUACCUCCCCCGUUUAAGUUACCCACUCAUUGUUGCUCAACACGCCGAGGGCGCGCGCCAAGUUUCUCUCGGUUCCGAAACCCGGAACCGAGUGACUGUCGCGCGGACAGUAGUACAUAUUGUACCCGGAUGGAUGGGACCGAACGUCUCGAAGCCAUUGUGAAGUGUAAAGACUUUUAGAUUUUAGACAGUGGGAACCACCCGGAACCAUAAAGUAGCGACCCGGGAUGAGAUUGGCCAGCAUGCGCGACCAUUUACCUCAAGCUUGCCGGGCAACACGAAGACUCUAGUAAGCGUACAGGUCAGCGGCCAUCAACGUGCGUACCGCGGAAUCGGUACGAUGAUUGAGAAUUAUGCGG